AUGCCUAGCUUAUCCCCAUCUCUAUCUGAUUUGACGGUUAGUUCUUCUGAUAAACCAAGGGGCAAAUCGAGCCAGAAGAAAUCCAUACGCUCAACAUCUUGGUCGGCAUGGCUCUCGGGAUCAGCCUUCCGCGGCACCGAUGCACACGGGGAGCCCAUGUCAAACGUUAAUAGGAAAAAUGAUGAGGCCACCGCUAAGCCCGGCCCUAGUGACGAGAUGGUCAUAGGCAAUAAGGAGAAUCAGAGUGAUGGAUUCAAGAAAUACGCUGCGGUUGAAGAGCCUGCUGAGGAAACGGGAAAUAGUACCGAAAGUGAUGCACACAGUGAUGCCGGGACCGUCAGGAGACCCCGGGCUCCCAGCGGCCAGACGCCGCCUAAAUUCGUCCUGCCACCUGGAGCGCCCAGUGACCAUAUGCAACGGACCUUAUCCCAUAAUGAUAUCUGUCACUCGCCCCAGAACGAUGUGCUAGAAAGGCAUAUGCCUCACAAUUCGGACUGUCAGCGGCCAGGGGCUCGUUCUCGACUUUCAGGUCCAAGAAGAACUUCCCAGACUGUGAGCCGGGACGACUUUCUUACUGCGCGCGGUGCAAAUCCUCGAACGGGAGUUGUUAGUCCGGAUUUAACAGAUCACAGCCAUCUGGAUGACUUAGAGCCCCAGGUCGAUAAUUCUGGUGGAGCUAUGAACAAUCAGAAGUGGCGUCUCAAAGGAGAUCAGUGGAUUAGUCUUGAUGCCUCAGAAAGGACCCCGGUACCUACACCGCCAUCCAACGCAGGUAUGAAUAGUUCGCUGUUGAUCAGUUCUCGAGAUCAAGCAGAAGCUCAUGUAGCCUUCCUAGCAGAAUCCGGCGUACCACUCAAAAACCUUGAGGAUCGAUUUGUUGUCAAUAUGCCAUCUGUUAGGGAGCCAUGUCCACCGUCUAUGACUCCCCAGCAGAUAGCUGACUUCCAGCAGGCUUGCAAUCGAUUCUAUCGCUAUGAUAAUAACAUGAUCCACCCAUCAAGGGUACCAAGCCCUCGACCUAGGACUCCUGAUGGCCCUAGCACUCCUCCAAAGAGACUUUCUAAGGUUCGCGAAACACUUCUUCAAAGUACGGGCCCAUUAGACAGAGGACGACGGAAAGACAGGCCACCAGGCAGCCCUCAUAACCAACCUCCACAUGGUGCGUCACGGGAAUGGAGGCACAGCUCUGCUCCUCCAGCUAGCCGACCACAGUACGGGUGGAAAGAACAUACAAACAAGUAUUUUUUAGGUGGUCCCGGUUAUGGAAGAGAAGAAAGGAUACCACCCCCUCAGAAGAGGAGGCAUCGGCACCCUCCAGGCCCGGAUCAAUACAGACCAACUGGUCACUCCAGCCACAGGGGCCCUCAGGAGAUUCCAUACCAGGGUCACCGUGGCCCAAGCAUGCCAACUUACCCUCGGGAGCUCCAUUCCGGUUUCCGUCGCGCAGGGCCAAUAGGGAGACAAAACCUCGACCAUCUCCAGGACAGAAGCUUCUCCAGGGACCUGUACUUGGAACCCCAAAGCUAUUCCAGACAAACCAUCCAAGUCGGAGCCUCAGACGGAAACGACCUACUUGCCACCAUUACCACUACCACUACCACGUCCACCGUCACCCCAGUUCGACUCAGUGCAAGCGAUGUGGAAACGUAUUUUACCCCAACCGAAAUUUCGAUGUCGAAAAGCUGCUCCGAACAAUCUCAUGGAGUCUCCAGAGAAAGUAUCACCACUACCGCUACAAUGACCGGAAGUGUAAUAAAUGCAGAAAAUGCCGAAAACACAGCAAGCGUAAAGCAGGCCACGGCCGUUCACCAUGCCGCAGGGACUCAAAGUGGAAAAACAAGGCAUACGAAUAAUGAGAACGAUAUGGAAACACCGGCAAUACCUCUCACGAAGCGGGCGUACUAUCAUUUGUUACCAGCCGCAAUGUUCUACCUCACCCUUAUUGCAAUGACGUAUAGAGAAUAUCGCGAGAAUUUGCUGGUGACAAGGAGUCCAGGACUCAGGCCAUCACAGGACGUGAAGUUCAUGAAAAUUGCACUUGGCGCUGUAUUUGUGGCCGUGGCUGUAUCAAUUAUAUUCAGGGAUUAG